AGGAAAACAGGAAGUUCUCACGUCGCGUUUACGGUUCUGUGUCUUAAAUUUUCGUUUUGUGAAAAGUCCCUCGGUUACUUCCGACCUUUUGCGAACGCGUCCGACAACACGUUUGAAGUGCGACACAAGAACACGUUUCCCCCAUGGAGGUCACACCCAAAGCAGACGGGUCUAAAUCCGUGUGUCAUUCAGCGGAGUCGAGCCCCUGUGAGUUCAAAGAGGAAAAGCAUCACCAACAGCUGAGCGCCUCCCUGAAGGAGAGGCUGAAGAGAUCGAGGCGCUCCUUCACCGCGCCCUUCUCUGUCGCCAAACGCCUUUGUGUUGAUGAGAAGGAGGCGAAGAAAGAGGGGAAUGGCCAACAAGUUUCUGCAGAUUCCCAGGAGACGCUGAUCGUGCUCGAUGUAGACGUCAACAGAAAUGAGGAGAAAUCAGGGAGUGAAAGGUUUCCUGGACCCGUUCCCAAACCCACACAUCCUCCUCCUUCCAAAGACUUUACACGGCAACGAGACCAACUGAAGAAGGAGGUUAAAGACAAGAUGGAGACUCUGCGCAGGCUUAAGAUGGUUAAAAUGUACAGGAGCAAGAAUGAUUUAACGCAGCUCCACACCUUGAUCGACAAGUGGAGGAGUUGUGUUCAGUCUGCCCUGUACGAGCUCCAGUCGGACGUCCCCGGCGUAGAAGGACGAAAGGCCGGCCUGUCGGAGCUCAUCGACCUCUUUGGUCUGCCUGACGGCAUCCUUCACUUUAACCGGACAGAGGAGGACUUCACCUAAAA